AUGCCAGCCCAACGUAGUAACUACACAAACGUAUUCCAUGCCCUCUACAAAAUCACAGCAGAUGAAGGAGUUUUAGCUAUCUGGAAAGGUGUUGGUCCCACUGUGGUUAGGGCAAUGGCAUUGAACAUGGGCAUGCUUGCUUCCUAUGAUCAAAGUGUUGAGUUCUUCAAAGACAAUCUUGGGGCAAGUUCUAUAUCAGGGUUCUUUGCUGCUGCAUGUAGUUUACCCUUUGACUUUGUGAAAAUACAAAUACAGAAGAUGCAACCUGAUGCUACAAGGAAAUACCCGUAUACAGGAUCUCUAGAUUGUGCCAUGAAAACACUCAAAGCUAGAGGACCUUUUAGAUUCUACACAAGGUUUCCAGUAUACAAAAUGGGCUUCUAUGGAGGUGGGUCUAGGAACCGGAGUUCCAUGGGUCAUGUACACAAGAUGAUGCCCCCGAUCCAUUUGUUCACUGAGUUUGGAGGUGCAGUUCAUUAUAGACCAGCUAAAGAUUUGGCAUGUUCAGUUGCUAAAUUUAUUCAAAGUGGUGGAUCUUUUAUUAAUUACUAUAUGUAUCAUGGAGGAACAAAUUUUGGACGAACUGCAGGUGGCCCAUUUAUUGCAACAAGUUAUGACUAUGAUGCCCUUCUUGAUGAAUUUGGUAUGUUAUAA